AUUUAAAGCCGAGGUUCAUGACAAGCAUACUUUAAAUAACUUUCUUCACCUUGAUCUACUCAACUUUAUCAUGAGAGGAAGUUCCCUCCAACUUCUCCUCAUUUUUGUUCUCCUUUUAUUGUGCUUGAAACCAACUGUUGAAAACCAUUGGGGAGUGCGAGAUGCUAUCCAAGGCUGCAUAGAGCAAGAGAGACAAGCACUUCUCAAGAUUAAGGAAGACCUUAUUGAUGACUAUGGCCAUCUUUCUUCUUGGAGUACUGAGGAGAAGAAAAAAGAUUGUUGUAAAUGGAGGGGAGUCUAUUGUAGCAACCAAAUGGGCAAUGUAAUCAUGCUUAAGCUCAAUGCCUUGACCUUUCCUCCAAAGCCUUUGAGAGGCCAAAUUCCAACGGGCCCUCAACUCAAUACAUUUACUGCCACUGCAUAUGAGGGAAACCCAGGUCUCUGUGGACCUCCACUUCCAAAGAACUGUUCAGGAGAAGAAACUACUCAAAACUCAAACAGGAGCAAUGAGCAUGAUGGCAAGCAAGAUGAUGAAGAUGGGUUUAUAACCCCGGGGUUUUAUGUUAGUGUGGCUCUUGGCUUUUUUGCUGGUUUCCGGGGAGUUUUUGGCACAUUAGUACUGAACAGGUCAUUGCAAUUAGCCUUUUUCAAGUGUUUGAACGAUUUUAAAGACUGGUUAUAUGUGGCGAUAUCAGUGAAUAUGACCAGAUUGCAAAGGCAGCUUCAAAAGCUAAUCGGUGUUGCUAUCCGACUUUAGAGUACUUUUCUUUGGGAGAUAUGUAAACUUUGUGAACUCUGUGCUUUUUGUGCACUUUGUGUUUGGUAUUUGUGUUAGAGCAGGCGUGUGCUUCAAAAAAAGACUUGUUGAAGAUUGAUAAUAAUUUGAUAUGUACCUUAAUUUCAGUCUCAACAUAGUCACUUUAGAUUUGUUUACCCUAAAAUUUUUAUUGUCGCACGUGUUAUGAUAAUUGCUAAAAUUAUUUGCUUUAAA